CUGAGACUUGGCGGCCUCUGAGCACCACUCCGGCACUGCCCAGUAGAGGUGGCAGCGAACCGGACCGCCAAACUGUGACCGGCGAUGGACCAUGCCUUCCUCUCCCUCGUCCUCUGCAUCGGGAUGUUCAUCAUGGCAGCUCUCACGGCACUGGGACACCUCUGCACCGAAGCCCCGUUCGGCAAACUCAGGAAGGAGCGGAUCUCUCCCUGGUGGGGACCUCUGCUGCCAGCGGGAAUCGCCUGGUUUCUUUUAGAGGUGCCUAAUCUGCUUGGCGCUCUCUCUGUGGCGUUGACCUGCCCGAGGGCCGACUGCCGGCAGCUGACGGUGAAUGGCUUCCUGCUGAUGAUGUUCUUGAUUCACUAUAUCAAUCGGAGCAUCGUCUAUCCGCUGCGCACACGGGGAAGGGGGACACCUCUGGCGAUUGUGCUGAUGGCGAUGGGAUUCUGCACAUACAACUCGACCAUGCAGGCGCACCAUCUCUGCUAUGUGGCCCGCUUCGACUCAGGGGACGGGGCGGCUCUUUUGCGGCUGAUUCUGCUGGUGGCGGGCUCUCUUCUCUUUCUCAUUGGUUUCAUCAUCAAUGUCCAGAGUGACGCUCACCUGAUCAACCUGAGGAAAGCCUCCACGUCAGCAGGGGGCCGGCCUGAUGACCAUUACACCAUGCCCACUGGAGCCUUGUUCGAGUAUGUGUCAUGCGCCAACUACUUUGGCGAGAGUCUUGAGUGGAGUGGCUAUGCACUGGCGGCCGGCAGCCUCCCCGCCUUGUCAUUUGCGGUGUACACGUGGUCCUUUCUUGGCCCUCGGGCGCUGCAGCAACACGGAUGGUACCGAGCGAAGUUCGAUGACUAUCCGAAAAGCAGAAAAGCCAUAAUCCCCUGGCUGCUGUGACUCUGUGAUGCGGUGUGAAUGUGGCCGUCACGGCCGUUUAUUGACUGAAAUGUGCACUGGCGGGCAGGGAGGCAGGCUGGGCUAUGACUGUGUUUUGGCUGGGCUGGGCUGUGUCGAUAGGAGAGCUCGCACCAUACGCUUUAGGAUUUAUGUGGACGAUGGUGUAAGAUAGCACAUGGUUUGGUCGAGUGUCAAGUCACGAAUUUGUGAAUGCAUCAAUCAUGC